UUCUUCCUUUAGGUUAAGGGGCCCAUCUUUGUAGUUUUUUCAGGCAGACUCCAAAAUGUCGGGAGAAGUCUAUCUCUUGUGGCUGCUUUCGCUUUUACAAACGCUGUCGGCGUAUGGCUCUGAGCUGUCGUCGGAGGCGUGCAGGGAGCUGGGCUUCUCCAGCAACCUGCUGUGCAGUUCCUGUGACCUGCUUGGGGAAUUCAGCCUCACCAAGAUCCAGCCAGACUGCAACCACUGCUGCCAGCAGGAGGCCAAGUUAGAUGCGCGCAAGCUCUAUGCUGGGGCCAUCCUGGAGGUGUGUGGAUGAAAAUUGGGGAGGUUCCCCCAAGUCCAAGCUUUUGUCAGGGGUGACAAGCCGAAGAUGUUCAAGGGUCUACAGAUCAAGUACGUGCGAGGCUCCGAUCCUGUACUCAAGCUUUUGGACGAUAACGGGAACAUCUCCGAGGAACUCAGCAUCCUCAAGUGGAACACGGACAGCGUGGAGGAGUUCUUGAGUGAAAAAUUAGAGCGGAUAUAAACACAGCUUUCAAUUUGUUUUCUAUAGUUAAAGGGACAGCUUAAAAUAUACAUAAACCCUGAUGGUUUAUGUCACUCUCUCUGCCAUAUUGUUUUUCUAGGGUUCCACGAGCCUCCUUUUUUAAGGAGGUAAUGACAAAAAUAAGAAAUUAGGUAAUGACAAAAGUAAGAACACAAAGUUGGAUUUUACAACCAAACACAUCAUGGGCAUCACUAUGAAGAUGAGAAAAAAAUAUUAGUGGUGAAAUGUAUAUUUGUAUGUAUUUGGACUCUGCAUUUUUACAUUCCUGCUAAAGUCUGUUUAAAGUCACAAAUUUCUCAACGACCCUGUAAAAGCAUCAUAACGUUUUUCUGUUUCUGAUUUUCUUGUAGACAUUUUUUUUAUAAUGCUUAAAAUCGGUGUAACUAGACGUGAGUUGUUGAAAGACUGAACACUUCCAAGUUGCUGUUUGUCAGUAGAUGGUAUAGUUGUGGGGGCACGUUAGUGAAGAGCUCACCUUAAACCAGUAUUGGGAAGUGACCUCUGAUGUGUUUUGUGUUCCUCGGCUUCAUCGUUCUUUGGAUGCAAAUUGGAUUUGUUGUGGAAAUUUGAAUAUGCAACAAUAAACAACAAAAAAAGAUUUUC